GGUCCCGCCCCCCGAGGCCCCGCCCCCGAGGCCCCGCCCCGAACCCCGACCUGGUCCCCGCGCAGCGCGGGGCGACAGGUGGAGCGGAGCCGAGCCCUGCGCCGCGCCCUCCGAGCCGCGCUCCGGGCCCCACCAUGGGCAACAGCGCGGGCCGCAGCGACUUCGAGUGGGUCUACACGGACCAGCCACACACGCAGCGACGCAAGGAGAUGCUCGCCAAGUACCCGGCCAUCAAGGCCUUGAUGCAGCCGGACCCUCGCAUCAAGUGGACGGUGCUGGGGAUGGUGCUGGUGCAGCUGCUGGCCUCCUGGCUGGUGCGGGGGCUGGCGUGGCGCUGGCUGUUCUUCUGGGCCUACGCCUUCGGGGGCUGCGUGAACCACUCGCUGACGCUGGCCAUCCACGACAUCUCGCACAACACCGCCUUCGGCACCGGCCGCCCCGCCCACAACCGCUGGUUCGCCGUCUUCGCCAACCUGCCCUUGGGCUUGCCCUACGCCUCCUCCUUCAAGAAGUACCACGUGGACCACCACCGCUACCUGGGCGGCGACGGGCUGGACGUGGACGUGCCCACGCGCCUCGAGGGCUGGCUCUUCUGCACGCCGGCCCGAAAGCUGCUGUGGCUGGCGCUGCAGCCCUUCUUCUACUCGCUGCGGCCGCUCUGCGUGCACCCCAAGGCCAUAACCCGCAUGGAGGUGUUCAACGCCCUGGUGCAGCUGGCGGUCGACGCCGCCAUCUUCACCCUCUGGGGGCUCAAGCCCAUGGUCUACCUGCUGGCCAGCUCCCUGCUGGGCCUGGGCCUGCACCCCAUCUCGGGCCACUUCGUGGCUGAACACUACAUGUUCCUCAAGGGCCAUGAGACCUACUCCUACUACGGGCCCCUCAACUGGAUCACCUUCAACGUGGGCUACCACAUGGAGCACCAUGACUUCCCCAGCAUCCCGGGCUGCAACCUGCCCCUGGUGCGGAAGAUCGCGCCCGAGUACUACGACCACCUGCCCCAGCACCACUCGUGGGUGAAGGUGCUCUGGGACUUUGUGUUCGAGGACUCCCUGGGGCCCUACGCCAGGGUGAAGCGGGUGUGCAAGCUGGCGGAGGAAAGCCUGUGAGCCAGCCGGCCGGCGCCCUGAGCGCACGGCGCCUGUGGCGCUGGCCCUGCCGCCGGCCUCAGGGCCCGGGGCGGGGAGCCGGGCCUGUGCUUUCAGGGUGCUGCCCGGCCUCGCCCCGCCCGCCUGCUGCAGGGCGGGCGGUCACCUGUGCUCCCCGCCCAGUGCCCAGAACUGGUUUAGCUGCACUGGGUUCCUGCACCUGAGGCUGCUGCGCUUCCCCCCAGCAUCCCCCGGAGCCUCGAGACCACGCCCGGCGACAGCGGGCACGGAUGGCAGCCUGGAGAGGCUUGGUCUGCGCGUGGACUGGUGACCUCAGGCCGGGCUCUCCCUUUCCAGGCCCCACCGGCAAGUCCUGGCCCUGCCCUGGGUGCUCUGUGCCCAGGGAGCUGAUUUCUCUGGCGUUCCCACGCCCUAAAUUAAAUCCAGUGUUUGUUUUCGA